AUGACGGCCUCAGAUGUCGAGGAUGGCCACUCUCGUUCCCCCUCCCCCGACGACAGUGGAACCGAAACCAUGGCCGACCAACAAGUCAAAGCUGAGAAGCCAAAGCAACCGAAUGGAUCCAAUGCCAAAGAUCCUUCUCGUCCUCGACGAAAGAAGGCUCGUAGAGCUUGCUAUGCCUGUCAGCGUGCACAUUUGACCUGUGGUGACGAAAGGCCCUGCCAGAGGUGCAUUAAACGCGGGUUGCAGGAUGCCUGCCAGGAUGGUGUGCGAAAGAAGGCCAAAUAUCUCCACGAUGCCCCCAAUGAAGCUCUCCUCCCCGUUGUGGGAGGUAAUCUGUACAACAAUUCAGCGGCCAAACAACGAUCAUCUACCAUGACAACAACUGCAAGCGAAACUUCCACUCCACAACAACAGCAGUUCUACCAGCAACCACAACAAUUCAAUAGCUUUCAGCAGAACUCGCAAAUGCCGCCUCCCAUGCUGCACGAGCGCAGCGUCAGUUCGACAAGCUAUACACAACAGUCUCCUUUAAGCACGAAUUUCACUAGUGUGGGCUCCCAAGUGCCUAUGCAAAGUCCAGUCGUGGGGCCUGAUCAAACCGGCGCGAAUAAUAUGAACUCGGCCGCAUGGUCUGGCGCCAUAUUUGAUGACCCAUCAAUGUUCAACUUCGAUAUCGCCAGUAUGAAUUUCGGUAACCAUUAUGGUGCGCUUGAGUUCGGAAUGUUGGGCCAUAUGGCGACCAAUGCGGGUGAGACCCCUCCUAGUGAUACCACGACCCAUCGAGGCUCUAUGGUGCAACAGUAUCGCAUGCCACUGGGAAGUUUCAGUGAGAGCCCAACGGCACAGUUCCAGUAUAAUGACCCAAUGAUGACCGAUUGGCCCAACGGAUCCGACAGUUAUAGCGCUCAUGGACAGGGUCAUCAUAUGGCUCCAAAUGCUUUUGCAAUAGAAACGGGUGCAGCCCACUGGACUUCCCCCGACACCAAUGGUACGCCAACGAAUGCCGUCAAGUUUGAUGAUUCACCUCUCAUGACCAGCAAUGGCUUGCUCCAUGUCCCUCCUAUGUCAAACGCUCAACUGAAUCCCCCGUCGGCUCAAGACAACAAUCGCAAUCAACAGCUUCCGCCGAUAUCGACUCCUCAAUUGAAAGCCAAGUCACAACUGCCGGUCAAGUCAUUGAAAAGACCCAAAGACCCUUCGUCGAUCUAUACAACGGUCACCAGUCCUCAUCCAUACACGGCCGGGUUUCAUGCACUUAUUGCCUACCUUCAGAAGCGCUUCUCCAACCACCCGUCCAAAACACUCAGCAUUGCUAAAUCACUGGCAUCUUUCCGCCCCUCAUUCAUUGCGACGACCAAGACUUUGAACCGGGAAGAUCUUAUAUUUAUGGAGAAGUGUUUCCAAAGGACAUUGUGGGAAUACGAGGGGUUUAUCGAAGGGGUCGGAACACCAACCAUUGUUGCAAGGAGAACGGGAGAAGUUGCGGCGGUGGGAAAGGAGUUCCAGAUUCUUACAGGUUGGACCAAAAACGUGCUCCUGGGUCGUACUCCAAACCUCAAUGUGAAUCGAGGACAUUCAGGACAAACCCCUGGGACUGGAUCUGGUACGAACACUGCAAGAGCAACGGGAUUCAACACUCCAACUCGCGGCGGUGGACAAGACAUGGAGAAUGGUGAAAAACGAGCACUACCAGUAUUCCUGGCCGAAUUGCUCGACGAUGAUUCGGUGGUGCAAUUUUACGAAGAUUUUGCACGACUUGCAUUCGGAGACAGUCGUGGAAGUGUUCAUGGAAGGGGGAAACUCCUCAAAUACCGCACCAAGGAUGACGAGAUUACGCAAAACCUGAGUGCGGAAGCUGAGAUGCGCAAAGAAGAUGGCGGGCAAAACAAUACAGAUUCCCGACGACGAGAGAGUAUUGGGCUUGCCCGAAAGCAACACGACAUAAAGAAAGAUGGCAUUUCCGGUGAGAAGGGGAUGCAGAAACUGGGAUCUGCAGAUGGGAAGGUGGAUUGCACAUAUUGCUGGACCGUCAAAAGGGACGUGUUCGACAUUCCCAUGCUUAUUGUGAUGAAUGUGAGUAUUGUGAUGGCCUCGAUGCUUGUCUAUCCGAGUGCUAACAUGACUCUAGUUUCUGCCUUGUAUAUAGGCUUGUGA